UAACUUGUUCCAAUGUUGAAAUUAUGAUACAACCAGCAUAACGAUAUAAAUACAAAGUACUAUUAUUAAUUAAUUAUUAUGUAUAACUUAAGCUUAACGAUACGUACAUACAUACAGAUAAGCUAGGCAAGGUUCAUACAUAUGUAAAUACAUACAUACACAAAUUUUGCAUUAAUUAAUAACAAACAACCCACGUAUAAAACAUAACGACGAAAGGAAACUUGGUCUUCGUCUCUUCGUAAACAAAAAUUGCGACAAAAAUUGCGAUAAAAGUAUCAAGAACAUUGUUUUUUAUAGUAUUUAUUGGUGGUUAAAAACGAAGUUUGGUUGUGCUACGUCGACAUACAUUUUCGCCGCCGGCGUUGUCGUCGUCGUCUUCUCAUCUUAUCUUAUCGUGCUAUAUAUAUAUUUGUUAACUUUGACCUGAAAGUGCGGUAGUUAAGUAAUAAAUAGUUGUGGCAAGAAAUAAUCAUCUAAUCCCUGCUGGACUGGAUUGGAUUUGGAUUGAUCUUCCCAUCUGGUGCAGUGUCAUAAGAACUUUUUUUCGAGAUCUGGUGGUUGGUGAACUAUACUUACUUACAAUUGCUUACUUACUUACUUGGCAGAGAUGAACUUGAAGUUGUACCGUGAUCCGUUAUAUAUUUGGCUUUGGCUCGUCGGCUGAAAAAGUUUUACAAGUUAUUUUUACCUGCAAUACACAACAAUGAUUUAAUUGACUUGAGAAAAUCACGGUGUGUGUGGUGUGGUGCGGUGUGACCAGACGAGACGACGGAGACAGAAGGAUCGUAUAUACUCGUAAAUCUGCCAGAUAUAAGAAUGCUUAUCAAGUGAGGUCGAUUAAUUUGAAGUUAUCCAGCUUAACGUCGUCGUCGUCAUAAUUUACUGUGAGGAAAAGUGUGUCGGCGUGACGAGACGACGGAGAGAGGAUCGUAUACUCACUAAUCUGCCCGUUACGAAGGCUUAUCAAGUUAAUUUGAAGUUAUCAACUCCGCGUCAUAAUUUUCUGUUACGAUAAAUCUGCCCAUUACACGCGAAGAGGACGAUACGAAUGCUUAUCAAGUCAGGUCCGUGGGUACAAUAGAAGUCAUCUCCUCCGCGUCGUCGUUAUCUUGUAGUCGUCGCUAUCCUUUCCUGUGACGUCGUCUAAAUGGAUAAGUACGUAUUGUCCCAUCAUCAUCAUCAUUGUCGUGAUGGACUGCACAUUAUUUCUCGACCACGGAGAACAACUAACAUCCAGCAGCACGGAACAAUUAAGAAUCUCAACUGGUAUACAAUCGUCGUCGUCGUGCUAUUGUUCCUCCUCAAUUUUCUCCACACCUCGUUCGGGAACAAGUACUCCCAUCCCCAGUACAAGAACAAUUCAAUAUCCGCCCCCUCCUUCUUCUCGUCUCCCCGAAAUGCUGACUUAUCCACCUCCACCUCCUCCAACCUUAUCCUCCGCCCCAAACUCACCUCCAAAGAAGACUUGACUAUCGGCUACCUCACCGCGAUCAAAGGGUCCGUCCCCCACCGUCAAGGAAUCACCAUCUCCGGCGCCAUCCUCCUCGCCAUUGAGAAAAUCAACAACCAAACGAACCUCCUCCCCGAUGUGAAUCUCGUCCUAAAAUACGGCGACACGGAAGGCGACCCCUUAAAAGGCACCAAAAUCCUCACCGACAUGCUCUGCGAAGACGUCGCUGCCUUUUUCGGACCGGAAAUCGCCUGCAACGUGGAAGCCACCGUGGCCGCCGCAUGGAACCGAACCAUGAUCUCGUACCGUUGUCCAGACGGGACGGUCUCGGACAAAAGUAAAUUUCCCACCUUCGCCCGAACCGAAGCCCCGGACACGCAAAUAGUCAAAUCUGUCCUGUCCGUGCUCUAUAACUAUCACUGGAACAGGUUCAGCAUCAUUGUGGAAACGCAGUCCACGCAGUACAACACGGUGGCCAAAUCGCUCGAGAACUUUGCCGAGAGUAACGGCUACGUCGUCACGAAUGUGACCCACAUCACGGACGGGGCUCCGAAAUGGUACGAGAUCAUUACGGGGACAAUGAAUAAGACGAGGAUCUACGUGUUCAUCGGGCAGGAUAAGAACCUUAUCGAGAUGAUGGGAACCAUGCAGUCCUUACAGUUAUUCCAGAAUGGGGAGUAUUUAGUCAUUUUUGUCGAAAUGAUGACGUACCAGCGGCGCGAGGCGCUCAAUUACCUGUGGCGUCACCAGGAUAUCAUCAACCACCGCAUCGAGGACUGCACCAUUGCGCCGAAUUAUGAAGAAAACGUGGCGAAAUCACUCCUCGUUGUCGCCCCGAGUCCGCCAGAUCACACCUACAGCGCAUUUUCCGAUCUCGUCAACGCCUACGGGAAACGACCCCCGUUCAAUUUUAGAGACUUGAUCGGGUUCAAGAAGCAGGUUUCUGUAUACGCGGCGAAUCUGUACGAUUCCGUCAUCCUUUUCGCGAAGGCGCUGCACUCGCUAAAGUUAGAGCGCCCCGAGGAAAGUAUCCAAGUCUUGGCGCGCGAUGGGCUCGCGAUAUUUCAACACAUCAUCAAAAUGAAGGAAUACGAGAGCAUUACCGGCGCAAAAAUCUCGCUGGAUGAGAACGGCGACUCGGAAGGAAACUACACCCUGAUCGCCUUUAAACCCAAUAGUUUCACCAGAAUUAUGAAUCUGAACCAUUCCUUUUCCUGUAAACAUUAUAUGAUCCCGGUGGGAAAUUUUCAUCCCCGCGCGCCCUCCGAGAACUUAACCUUUCCCCGGAUGCGGCUCUUCUCUGGGAUGCAGAUUGAUUGGGUGAACGGGAAAAAGCCGUCGGACGAGCCGCGCUGUGGGUUCUCGGGGGAACGCUGCCUCGGUCCGGGGAGGGGGUAUCGGUCGAUAAUCAUGGUCUCCGUGUUUGGCCUUAUCCUCUUCAUCGUGCUCUGCGUCGCGGCGAGUUUGUACCGGAAGUGGAAGAUAGAACAAGAAAUUGAAGGCUUACUUUGGAAGAUUGACGAGUCCGAGUUACAAAUGCAGCAACCGUUCGGGGACAAUAGCCAGUCGAGGAUAAGUCUCGUGUCGGUGGGGUCGUUGGGGCAGAUGUAUUGCACAACGGCGCACUACAAGGGCGCCCUGGUGCGCGUGAAGGAACUAAAAUUGGUGAAAAAGUACGCCAUUUCGCGACAAACGAUGAAAGAAAUGCGCUACAUGAGGGAACGGUGUCACACGAAUAUUAACUCGUUUCAUGGCGCUGUCAUUCAACCGAUGAGGAUCUCGCUUAUCUUUGACUACUGUGGGAAAGGGUCGUUAUCUGAUGUGGUGGAGAAUGAGGAUAUCAAGUUGGACUCGACCUUUAUCGCGUCCCUGAUACAUGACUUGGUUAAAGGGAUGAUUUACCUGCACGAUUCGGACCUCGGGGUCCACGGGAAUUUGAAGUCGUCCAACUGCGUCAUCACGUCACGCUGGGUCCUUCAACUUACCGACUUUGGUCUUUCCGAGUUGCGUCUCGCAUCCAUCUCGGUGGACCCGGUCGUGUCACACUCCUACUUUCAAAGCCUCCUCUGGACCGCGCCCGAACUGCUGAGGGAAGGUUAUCACACAGCAAAAGGGACCCAGGCUGGCGACGUUUAUGCCUUUGGCAUCAUUCUGUACGAGAUUUAUGGGCGGAAGGGCCCCUACGGAAUGUGUGAGUAUGACCCAAAGGAAAUUGUGGAUAAUGUCCGAAGAAAUUUGGGGUGUGUCCCGUUUCGCCCGGAUAUCGAAUUUUUGGAUGAGUGUUCUACCCUAUGUCCGGAUUAUGUUAUCUCCGUCAUGCGCGACAGUUGGGACGAGGUGGUCGAAAACAGGCCGACUUUUAGGACAAUAAGGGAAAAACUGAAGCCGUUGAAGGAGGGGAUGGCGCCCAACAUAAUGGAUCACAUGAUUUCCAUGAUGGAGAAAUAUACGAACAAUUUGGAAGGCCUGGUUUCCGAGAGGACGAGUUUGCUCUUUCAGGAGAAGAAGAAGACGGAGGAUUUGCUGCAUAGAAUGUUGCCGCCGCCCGUGGCGUUGAAGUUGACGGGGGGUUGUGGCAUCGAGCCGGAGUCGUUUGAUUCUGUGACGAUUUAUUUCUCGGAUAUUGUGGGAUUCACGGCGAUGUCGGCGGAGAGCACGCCGUUGCAAGUGGUGAAUUUUUUGAAUGACUUGUACACCCUGUUUGACUCGAUUAUUACGGGGUAUGAUGUCUACAAGGUGGAGACGAUUGGAGAUGCGUAUAUGGUCGUGUCCGGUCUCCCCCUCCGGAACGGGAUCCGUCACGCUGGUGAAAUAUCCUCCAUGGCGCUCGACCUCCUCACGGCCAUCCACACCUACCGCAUCGCCCACCGACCCAAUGAAACGUUAAAGCUCCGCAUCGGCAUUCACACCGGUCCCGUCUGCGCAGGCGUCGUGGGACUCACCAUGCCACGCUAUUGUCUCUUCGGCGACACGGUCAACACCGCCUCGCGCAUGGAGAGCAACGGAGAACCCUUAAAAAUCCAUAUUUCCGAAGAGUGCAAAGUCGUCCUGGACAAGUUGGGCGGCUACAUAAUCAAAGAACGAGGCACCGUCUACCUCAAAGGAAAAGGGGACGUUCGCACCUGGUGGUUGAUCGCCGCCUGUGACGGCGCCGUCUCCCCGAGACGGAACGAAAACAAUGAUCUGCGCCCCCUCUUCUCCAGGCCGCGCGCCGGGUUAGGAAAUUUCAACGACCAGUCCAGCUUCCGGCGGAGAUGCAGCCCGAAACUGACCGACUCUGGGAAUCUCUCGAGACACGGGUCCUUCUGCGGUGGGGGGUGUGGUCCCCCCGGUGCGAAUAAUAGUAGUAGCACUCACCUCGGUCAACAGCAAGCUCACCGGGGGAGCUCGAACUACAUCCGCCGCCCCAGCUUCGACCCCGCUCUGUUAACCCUCUCACUCCGAAAUUCUCAACUGAAUCGAAACAGUCAAUCCAAUCUCAACUCACAUUUGGAAUCGUCCCACAAGGCGAGUCCGAUCGACACGCCGUCCCGCACCCGGAAACUGCUUGACCUUAACAAACCCGGGCAACAGGACUGUUCCGUCAUCACGAUAGAACCGCCAAGUGACCACUCCAGCAUGCUGGGACAUAGUGGGACCCCCUCCCCGGUGAAAAGUACGGUGGGACCGGUGCCUCUCCCCAUCCCGGCAAGUGUGACGCAACAAGCGUCCUCCACCAGUACGCAGAGCCUCCCGCAAUCCCCCUCGUGUCCGAGCAAUCUCUGGCUGAAGAAUAAAAAGUUCGUGAUACCUCCCCGACAGAAACUUGUCCAGCAGGUUUCGGUCCGUGAGUCGAGAUCGUUGGAUGUCCUCGUCGCCCGGGAUAAUCAUCUCCCUCCGCCAAACUCUAUUUCUAAAUUGAGAAGAAUGUCAAGAUCUGUGGAUGCGGAUGAUGUUCUUAAUGACGACGCCGUAAAUCCUAAUAACCCUUCCAGUGAUCCUAACUCGCCUAACCUGCUCCCACCCAAUACCCCCACCGCCAAUACGAACACCUCCUCCUCCAACAUUUUUACUGGUGGGGGUGGUGGUAAUAAUGCCCUCCGUUUCUACGACCAUCACCACACGCCUCCUCCCCUCUGCAAACGACCAACGUACAACAAGCAGUACCGCCAUUUCAGAAAACCUAACCAUAUGGAUUUGGACACCCUCAGUUACACGUCGGACGACCGGAACGAGUCUAUCUAUCUGCUCGAUCAUGCUGAAGGCUUGCCCGGCCCGGAGAGACGAUACUCUUCCAACUUUUGUGAAACUUGUGACGAGUCGGAGGAACAUGACGAUGAACAAGAACACCAUCAUGACGACGAACAAUUAGGCGAUGACGCCACAGAACCACCAAAUAUGACACCGGAUGAAGCUUCAAAACCGUUACGGAAACGUAAAUCUGUGUCAUCCACGACAUCCUCGUCUCGAAACCGUAGGAAAGAGCCGAACGGGGGGGAGAAAGAGAAGAAAAAGAGUAACAAUCUGAAAAAAUGGUUUCACACGAUUAUCAACGGAUCAUCACAGAGUGGGGCAGGAGGAGGGCCCAAAAUGGGGGCAUCGUCAGCACCGUCGUCGUCAUCUUAUAACUCGUCAAAUACAAAUGUGCCCGAUCCUGCAAACUUGUACCUGCUGACGAAAGAUGGUGGUGAAAGUACGACGAGUAGUGGUGGUGAGGGUGGCAAUCACUCUGCAGAAUAUCCCCCCGACAGGGAAAGUGUUUUGUGAACGUGUACAUAUAAAAAAUAUAGCCCAGUGAGUGAUCUUAAGCUUAAAGUCUCAUUUCCUUCAGAGGUCAGCGCCGUCAACCGUCGCGCGUCGCCGCAGAUAAAUCAGAUUUCCUAUUCCUAUUGCCGCGCCGCCGAAAAAUCAUCAACAAUUUGACGCCGCGGCGUUGACCCUCUGCUUUUAGUUUUACCUAAUCUCCCCCAAACAUAUUUUUGUCACAAUUGUUUACCAAUUUUCAACCUUCUUUUUUUGUCGGUGUUUUACUGCAUGUCGGUUUUAAAUCAUGUAUUAUACAGAGUUUUUAACAAGUGAGUCUACUUGUCUGGUCAGUCAGUCAGUGGUUAUCGUGGAACGCAAAGCUUCGUCGUUUCGUUGUCUCUUCAAAAAGAUUGUUGUUUUUUAAUAUAUAAAUUUAUCUUCAGUUCACUUUUUACUGGUAAAAAUCUCAUUCUAUUUACGUACAUAGGUUUGUUUACUUUGUUUAAUUAUUUUCAAAAAAAAUAAUUUUUCCCCUAAAAUUUUUAUCCCUUUUUUGAGGAAACCAAAAUAUGUAUCGAACAAUGGAGGCGCAAACCAUUCAUUCCAAAAAGUGUGGAAAACCUGGAAAAAAAUCAUACAAAAUAUUUAGAUCGAAAUAUUUAGUACAUUGUCAUAAUUUUGGUACUACACUGUAAAGUAAGGUAAUCUUAUAAAGGUACAAUUUCCUCAUGUAAUUCGUAAAAAAUAUACUGAAAGUACUUAAAGAAGGAGACGAUUAGAUAAUUUCAAAUUUUGAAAAUUGUGCGAUAAGUUUAAUCAAUUAAUUCGAUAAUUUUCCAACUUUAAUCGUAAAUCCUUGAAAAAUAGAUAUGUUCCUGUCUGAGUGUUGGUCACGUUUUUCGCGAUGAAUUCUGCUACAAUUGGUAACAAUGAACUGUAAUUCGCACAACUGGCAAAAAUUAUGCAAAAUUAUUAUAUUUACUUACAUAUAUACGGCCAGCAGCAACGUUAAGUAAAUACGUAAAAAUAUUGUGAUAGAUUUUUUCCUUACUAAAAGAACAGGAAAUUAAAAUUUUGAAAUUAAAUCGUUCCCCUCGAACGAAUCUUCUAAUGAUGGUCAGUUUUUUCUAGAAAUAUGAAAACUAUUGAAUUCAAAUUUCUGAACGUAAUUUCAUUUCUGUAUUAAAACGUUACCUAAAUAGUUUAAAAACUCGAGACAUUCUCCUUUACACAUGAAUAAUUAAUUGUUGAGAUUUCAGAUUUUUACACUACUUUUUUAGUCAAAGUUUCUAAAAUUCAAGUUUACACUGGUCUAAAUCGUUGUCGGAAAACAAUCCAUAGUCAAUUUUCCAAUGUUAAUUAAAAAAACUAAUAAGAUUUAGAUAUCAAAGACAUUAUUUACAACGAUUAUAAUAAUGAUUAUUUGAUGACGACGGCCAUAUGUUUCCUCCACAAUUUAUGAUACGACGAUUAGUUCAAAUUUAUGAGAAUAGUAAAGCAACAACAACGACAAACCCGUCACUAUUUUAGCUUAUCGACACGAUUAUCUAUCGCGUGUAAAUACAUAAUUUAUCGUUAUAUUUGUAUUUAUUCGGUGACUUGAAAAAGAAGACAUGUAAACAAAAUCAACGAUAAUUAAUUAUAUCAUCAUCAAUCAAUCAAAGUUCCGAAGGUGUACCAAAAAUUAAAUUAAGCUAUAUUUUAUUUUAACCUAAUAAUUUAUACAUAUAAAUUAUAUGAUAUAAUUAUCUAAUAUAUACCUAAUUUUAAUCUCAUUAUUGAUGUGAUGAACUAUUGUAAACAAAAAAUCACACAAAAAAGAUUAAAAUUAAAAACGUGAUGAUAUUCUUAAAAUAA